AUGGCCGACCUCCAAGGCCGCAAAGUCUUCAAAGUCUUCAACCAAGACUUCGUCGUCGACGAGCGCUACACCGUCACCAAAGAGCUCGGGCAGGGCGCCUACGGCAUCGUCUGCGCGGCCACCAACAACACGACCGGCGAGGGCGUCGCGAUCAAGAAAAUCACCAAUGUCUUCAGCAAGAAGAUCCUCGCCAAGCGGGCCCUGCGCGAGAUCAAGCUGCUGCAGCAUUUCCGCGGGCACCGGAAUAUCACCUGCUUGUACGAUAUGGAUAUUCCCAGGCCGGAGAGCUUUAAUGAGACGUACUUGUAUGAGGAACUCAUGGAAUGCGACCUCGCAGCCAUCAUCCGCUCCGGCCAACCGCUCACCGACGCCCACUUCCAAUCCUUCAUCUACCAGAUCCUCUGCGGCCUCAAGUACAUCCACAGCGCCAACGUGCUGCACCGCGACCUCAAGCCGGGCAACCUGCUCGUCAACGCCGACUGCGAGCUCAAGAUUGCCGAUUUCGGGCUGGCGCGCGGCUUCAGCAUAGACCCGGAGGAGAAUGCCGGGUACAUGACUGAAUACGUCGCGACGCGGUGGUACAGGGCGCCGGAGAUUAUGCUGAGCUUUCAGAGCUAUACCAAAGCUAUCGACGUCUGGUCCGUCGGCUGCAUCCUCGCCGAGCUGCUCGGCGGCAAACCCUUCUUCAAAGGCCGCGACUACGUCGACCAGCUCAACCAGAUCCUGCACUUCCUCGGCACGCCGUCCGAGUCGACGCUCUCGCGCAUCGGCUCCCCGCGCGCCCAGGAGUAUGUGCGCAACCUGCCAUACAUGAGCAAAGUGCCCUUCCACCAGCUCUUCCCGCGCGCCAACCCGGACGCGCUGGACUUGCUGGACCGCAUGCUCGCGUUCGACCCCUCGCAACGCGUGGGCGUGGAAGAGGCGCUCGAACACCGCUACCUGGCCAUCUGGCACGACGCCUCCGACGAGCCCGCGUGCCCCAAACCCUUCGACUUCGGCUUCGAGACCGUCGAAGAGGUGCCCGAAAUGCGCCAGAUGAUUCUAGCAGAGGUGAAGGCUUUCCGGCAGUCGGUGCGAGCGCCGCAGCAGGUGCCCUUCUCGAAUCAGCCCGGGGGUGGACAGCAGCAGGUGCCCAUCCCGCAGGGGUAUGAUCCGGGGAGUUAUGAGGACCCGCGGCCGCAGGAGAACAUGCUGGGGAGGGGGGCGGAUUUGGAGAGGGAGUUGCAGGGCGGGUUGGAUGCUAUGAGGUGA